AUGUGGGACACGUUUGCACACACUUUUGGCAAGAUCUCGGACUUCAGCAAUGCGGAUGUUGCAGUUGAUCAGUACCACCGUUUCGAGGAGGACGUGCAGCUCAUGGCGGACAUGGGAAUGGAUGCGUAUCGCUUCUCUAUUGCCUGGUCAAGAAUUUUACCAAAUGGUACCGGCCAAGUCAAUCAGGCUGGCAUUAACCACUACAAUAAAGUGAUCAAUGCACUACUAUCAAAAGGAAUUCAGCCAUAUGUAACCCUGUACCACUGGGACCUCCCCCAGGCCCUGGAAGACAGGUACAACGGAUGGCUGGACAGGCAGAUAGUUAAUGACUUUGCGGCUUAUGCUGAGAUAUGCUUCAAGGCGUUUGGAGACCGUGUGAAACACUGGAUCACGCUCAAUGAGCCGCACACGGUUGCCAUUCAAGGCUACGACGCUGGGCUUCACGCCCCAGGGAGCUGUUCAGUGCUGCUCCAUCUAUACUGCAAGACAGGGAACUCUGGCACUGAGCCCUACAUCGUUGCAGCUCAGAAUGGUGAACUUGGGAUCGCAUUUGACGUCAUCUGGUACGAACCAAUGACAAACAGCACGAUUGACAUUGAAGCUACGAAAAGGGCACAAGAGUUUCAGCUAGGAUGGUUCGCGGAUCCGUUCUUCUUCGGAGAUUACCCGGCGACGAUGAGAACUCGGGCUAAUUCGAUAUGGCUGUACAUCGUACCCAGCGGGAUGAGGGAGCUGAUGAACUAUGUCAAGGAGAGGUACAAUAGCCCAACGGUUUACAUCACUGAAAAUGGGAUGGACGACGGCAACAGCCCUUUCACUUCCAUCCAGGACGCGCUCAAGGACAGCAAGAGGAUCAAGUACCACAACGACUACCUCAGCAACGUUGCUGCCUCCAUAAAGUACUGA